UAACGAAUGGUAUGUGGCGUGUUUUCUUGUAUGUUCCCACCAUGUGCAGUAUGCCAUAAUCCCAGUCGAACAUCAGCAAAUGAAUAGCCUACACGAGUCUGUGGCUUUUUUGUAACACCCCUCCUCCCCUGUUUGGUUUAGAUGGUUCGAGCUUAUUUGCUGUGGCAACGUGACAGAUUAUUGUCCUCGUGUACGUUAACGCAACAAGAAGAAACACUAUUUGGAUUCGCGAUGGCGUUUGAUGGCAUGUGCGUUAGCGUUUUUGAGCUUCAAACCUGCCCUUUACGGAACACUUGGGAACACGCGGCGCUUUGUCAUUGAAACGCUCGUCAGAUUGUUUCCUCCGUCGCUCCGAUACGUCAGUGCUCCAGCAUCCUGACAUCUCUCUGGGAGCGCGUUCAUUCUGCUCUCAUAUCCCCGCUACCUGGGAAUGUUACGUGAGGAUACAGCUGCAGCGGGAUGCACUUGCAGUGAUUUGGGCUCUAAUACCUGUCACCAGCCGUCUGCGUCGCACAAAAACGUGUCUGUCGUCGGAAACUUAAGGGCUAUGCACGCGUUUGCCCUUAUCUAACUCUGACCGCGAAUCGUUCUGUCGCUCGUGCCCACCGUCGCUUCGUGCGCUAAACCAAAAUGGACAGGUUGCAAUCUUCCAUGCGCAAGCGUCUUUACAGCUUGCCCCAUCAAAUUGGACAUAAAUCGGACGAGGGCGACGCGGACGCGCGGAGGAAGAGCGUACGCAUGAAGUCGCUGGCGCCUUCAGUCUCUCCCGAGGCCGCGAGCGGCGAACCAGACGCGCUCGGUGCGCUCAGAGGCAACGCGAACGGCGACUGCCGGAGGUUUAAAGGGAGUCUGUCGUCCGUCACCAGCCGCCAUGGAGCGGACGCCGAAGCGCACGAGCAGAAGCGUCUCAUCGCCGAAGAGGAAGACGACGACGGCGGUGGCGGAGACGGAAGUCCAGAGGAAGAUGGAGCGGCGGAGGAGGGCGCGCGCGGCGCUGCUGGUGGUGGCGCGGAGAGCCAGCGCGCGGCCUCUGAUGAGCACGCGACUUUCAUCAAGUUGGAGGGCGUCGAGCAGAUGGCGCCCGACGACGAGCGCCUCUACCAGUCGGGCUUCGUGCACCGGCAGCUGAAUGCCAUGCUGCAGCCCGGAGUCAACAAGUUCUCUCUCCGCAUGUUCGGUAGUGAGAAGGCGGUGGAGCACGAGCAGGAGCGAGUCAAAUCGGCCGGGUCGUGGAUCAUUCACCCGUACAGCGACUUCAGGUUCUACUGGGACCUGAUCAUGCUGCUUCUGAUGGUUGGAAAUCUGAUCAUCAUCCCCGUGGGCAUCACAUUCUUCAAAGACGAACAUACACCAGCCUGGAUUGUUUUCAACGUGGUCUCUGAUACCUUCUUUUUAGUGGACCUAGUCCUGAACUUCCGGACUGGUAUCGUGAAGGAGGACAGCACGGAGAUCAUCCUGGACCCACAGCAGAUAAAGGUGAGGUACCUGCGCAGCUGGUUUGCCGUGGACUUCAUCUCCUCCAUCCCUGUGGAUUACAUCUUCCUCAUCGUUGAGACACGUAUUGACUCAGACUUCUACAAGACAGCCAGAGCUUUGAGGAUUGUUCGCUUUACUAAGAUUCUGAGUUUGCUCAGGUUGCUACGACUGUCCCGGCUCAUCAGAUACAUUCAUCAGUGGGAGGAGAUUUUCCACAUGACCUAUGACCUGGCUAGUGCUAUGGUGCGUAUAGUGAAUCUGAUUGGUAUGAUGCUGUUGUUGUGCCACUGGGACGGCUGUCUGCAGUUCCUUGUGCCCAUGCUUCAGGACUUUCCUGCCGACUGCUGGGUCUCCAAAAACAAAAUGGUGAAUGAUACUUGGGGUCAGCAGUACUCCUACGCCCUGUUUAAGGCUAUGAGCCACAUGCUGUGUAUUGGGUAUGGCAUGUACCCACCCGUAGGCAUGACAGACGUGUGGCUGACCAUCCUCAGCAUGAUUGUGGGUGCCACCUGCUAUGCCAUGUUUGUAGGUCAUGCCACUGCCCUUAUUCAAUCACUAGACUCGUCUCGACGGCAAUACCAGGAGAAGUAUAAACAAGUGGAGCAGUACAUGUCCUUCCACAAGCUUCCUGCUGACAUGCGCCAAAGGAUCCAUGACUACUAUGAGCACCGUUAUCAGGGGAAGAUGUUUGAUGAAGAGAGCAUUCUUGGAGAGCUAAAUGAGCCACUCCGAGAGGAGAUCAUCAGUUUCAACUGUCGAAAGCUAGUGGCCACUAUGCCCUUGUUUGCUAAUGCGGAUCCCAACUUUGUCACCUCCAUGCUUACCAAACUACGCUUCGAAGUCUUCCAGCCAGGAGACUACAUCAUUCGGGAAGGCACUAUAGGAAAGAAAAUGUAUUUCAUCCAACAUGGAGUCCUAACAGUUCUGACCAAGGGCAGUAAAGAGACAAAGAUUUCAGAUGGGUCUUACUUCGGAGAGAUUUGUUUGCUGACUCGAGGCAGAAGAACAGCUAGUGUGAGAGCAGAGACAUACUGCCGUCUGUACUCUCUAUCUGUGGACAACUUUAACGAAGUGUUGGAAGAGUAUCCAAUGAUGCGUCGGGCUUUUGAAACUGUAGCCCUUGAUCGUCUAGACCGCAUUGGAAAGAGAAAUUCUGUUCUUCAGCAUAAAGUGCAGCGAGAUCUCAACUCAGGUGUGCUGAACUUUCAGGAGAAUGAAAUCAUCCAGCAGAUUGUACAGCACGAUAGGGACAUGGCUCACUGUGCCCACCUAAUUCAGACACCCUCACCGGGUCCUCACACAACCCCAGCUCCUUCUACUCACACUCCAGUUAUCUGGGCUCCCCUUAUCCAGGCUCCACUCCAAGCUGCUGCAGCCACUACCUCAGUGGCCAUUGCCCUUACCCGCCACCCACAUCUGCCACAUACACUUUUCCGGCCUCCAGUACCCAUGUUGAGUUCACUGAAAGAUCCACCAGGCCAUUUUAAAAGGUUUCCUGUGGUUUCUGGUGUUACGGCAUUGGGUAGCUCAUCUUCUGGAGGGAGUUCUCAGCUUGGCUCUGGUGUGGAGACCCCUAUUUUGGAUUCACUGAGAGCCAAGAGUUCUGCGACAUCUUCCUCACCUCCUUUGCCUUCAGCCUCCAGUUCUUUGCCGUCUUCCACAACAACCACCAUCACCACCAUCACAUCCAGCAUCAGCGAGGCCUCCACUUUCUCCCAGAGACCCCUCAGCACCUGUGGAUCUGGAUUCUCCAGUGUUGCACAGCUCCAUCCCAAACCUAAGUUUCCACAUGCUUCCUUCUCCAGCAUUACUACUCCACUGCCUGGCUUCUUCCAACAAGGGGCAGUAGGUAGAGACCUGGCUCAGUUUGCCAUUCCUUCUGCCUCUACCCUCACUCCUUUGAUAGCCCACUCCAUUAGCCCAAUACUGACACAACUGCAAUCCACUCAGCCCAAGCCUCCUCAAGUUAAGUGCAGUCAGGAAGUGAGCAAACCAGUUAGGACAACCACCCCAUCACCUUCUACUGGAUCCCCACUUUUCUCUGCAAAUGUCUUAGAGCCAUCUGUCCCAAAUCCACAGACUCAGGAUGCGCAAAUCAGAGAUCAUCCCCUACAGCUAUCACAUGAACCAUCUGCUCUUUCUUCACUCACUCAUUAUGGCUCUGGAAAUGCUUCCCCUUGUAGCACCCCACCAGCCUGGAGCCCUACUUUCCAGAGUCCUAUGGUGCAGAGAAAGCGGACACCCAUUAAUAGCAAUCCCUCGAGUACCUCAGGAUCCCAAAGCUCUCUUCUCUCCCCUCAGACCCUUUGUCCUCUGCCUUCCCAGUCACAAGAGAAGGUGGGGUCUCUAGUUGAUCUCCCUUCUCAAGACGUCAGCACUAUUUCCAUAUCGCUUCCUUCCCCACGACCCUUUGACAGGCCAAAACUAGUAAGACAAGGCCCACAUGUCCCAGAUCAGUCACAUCUGGUGACAGUGCCUGGGUUUAGCCAUACUUCUUUCCCAACCCCUGUUACCAAACCCUAUAGUUCAAUACCUGGCCAUGUGACCCUAUCAAGACAGACUUCCAAAGUGUCCCAAGCCCAGACUGGGUCUCCUAGCGGUCCUGGGUCUCGAGACAGUUCCAUUCCAGGGACACCAAGCUUACAGCCCAAACUCCCAUCAAACUUAUGAGAAUGGAUUGUGUCCUUGCCUAUUGUACAAACCAUGUUUUUAAUAAUGAACAAUAUCUAUCAAAGAACAUAACUUUUAUGGCUAAGAAGAUGUUUGUCUACCUGUAUUUAUAACAGCGCAAUGACUACUUCUUAACUCAUAAUGCCAAAUGAAGGAAUAGAUAGGUGUCCGAUGAUUGAAUGAGUGUAUGUACGUGUGGGUUUGUGAAUGGGUGGUGAAUAAGUGUACUAUUUGACUUUGUCUUCCAAGUUCCUUUAGCAAUUUUGCAAUACUAACGAUGGUGAUAUUAUGUAGGGAUAUGCAACAAAUAGCAGUUUCCAAAAAAAAAAAAAAACCAUUAAAACAAAACAGUAAUAACAGGGUUAUGGGUGAUCCUUGGGAUGCUGGAAAAGAGAUGCAAAUAUAAUUCUUGCUAUAUAUCAUGUCAUUGUGAUGAAAGAACAGUCACUAAAGAUCUCACUUAUCAGGCACACAGACAUAAUCAUGUUCAUUAUCAGACCGUUUCACUAGACCCCCCCCCAUCUACACUUCCUUGUUAACCAAGGCACACUGCUCAGUAUCUAUGGCCUUUCCUUUUUAAACAGCACUGCCUUAGAGCCUGAACGACCAGGGAACGAUCCCCUCACUUCCACUGCAAAAGAGAUAAGAUAAAGAAUGUAUUGCAAUCAUUUUAUAUGUGCUUUGUAUGUGUACUUGUGCAGUACUUAAGCAAUAAAACUGUAUGCUUGAUUUUGUACCUGCACAGAGAUUUGUACAUUGCAGCUUUCUUCCUAACCAAGAAAAUAUAUAGGCUCAUAAAGAUGAUUGAUUAUUGAUAUAAUAUUCAUAUGAUAUUGUGAUAUAAGCCCAUUUAAUGCCAAAGCUUGUGUUUCCAGAACUGCAACUGUAAAUUUGCAUUGUGAUUGUUUUAAUCUCCUGGAAAAUACCACAUAUUCCACACUGUGAUGGACUGGCAGAUCCUGGUGUAUUCCCGCCUUGGGCCCAGCAUUUCCCGGGAUAGGAUUUGGAUCCAUAGCAACCCUGACCAGGAUAAAGGCACUGACUGAAGAUGAAUGAGUGAUGAAUGAGCAUAUUCCUCAUUUUGCAUGGCAUUAUUUCAGUAACAUUAAUAUUUCAUAUCUAUUUGUAAAAAAAUUGAACUUUGUCCCAACCGGAAAUUUGACAAAACCGUACAGUAAUAAAGGCUUUUUGUUGCCAUACUCAUACCAGUUGGCAUAGAACUGUCAAGUGUCCUUCCUUUUGAGCAUUGGUUGUUCUGCUGGAUUAUUGCAGAAGUGUUGUAAUGCUGAAUGUACUGCACAUGAUCUGAAACCUGCAGGACUUGAAAUACUCAAACUGGGGUCUUAAAUUCAGUCGGUAAAAUUACUGCCCAGUAAGAUCCAUUUCUUUAUCCUGAAUUGUCUAUACCUUGAGUUGUUUGUAUGUAUGUUUGUUUGCAUUACUGAGAAAUUGAUAGCUGAUAAAUUUCAAAAGAAAAUGCCUUCACUUUGCAUUUGUUAAGCAUGUUCCCCAUUAUAGUAUUCAUGAUAUUAUGACACAUUCUACACUACCUCAAGUCUCAACAUUUUCAUCUAUAUAUCUACAUCAGCAAAAUAAAUAUGGCAGCGACACACAAGUCCUAGAUAUUUAUAUAACUAAUCCAGCAUCAAUUACCCUAUUUAUCAGUACUGUGGAGUAAUAUUAAGUACUCUGUGUAGGUUAUUAUGUUAUGUGACUAAUUGUGUGUGGGAGUCUAUGUAUGUGUGCAUGUCAGUUUAUGCACAGAAUAUGCAUUUAUUAUUUUUAUGGCAAAUGUAUAAUUGCAUUAACAGCUUGCAUUAUUGUUUGAUUGUGUUCAAAUUUAUUUAGACGUUUAAGUGUUUUCUAUUUUCUAGAAUGGCUAUCGAGAAGGUGAAGUGAAAAAGGUCAUUUACAUUAAAUUUCAUUUCUGAAUGGUCGUGUAAAUACCUUGAUAAUAAAAAAUACCCCAAGGGUGAGAUUUUUGCAUACAGUUGAUCAGAAAUACAGAUGAAUUGCUUUAUUAUACACAAAUAUAUCACACUGAUAACCUUGAACAUAGUUUAACCUUACUUACUCAUAAUUAAAAAGUUUUUUUGUGCCAUGCCCAUUUCAUUUUUAAAUCCCUCUCUGUCACACUUUUUUUCAUCCUUUUGCAUCAUUGCACGCAGAGAGAAAAUAUGAAGGUCACAUCAUUAAGAAGCAAUUUUCUCUUUCAGGUUUUAAGGCUUUAUUGAGGCUUUGGAGCUGGUUCUAGAGCAUCAGCCUUCUGACGUUGCUUCACUAGGGGAUAGAGAUAGCAUUGUCCACUUUAUAUACACCGCCAACACAGUGCUGGAUCAAUCUUUACCACCCACUCCAACGCCUCUCCUGAGCUAACUGACUGAUAGCCUACACUCCAUAUACUUCACUGAAGAGUGAGAUACACGCUGCAGUAUUGUCUGAAACAUGGGUAUCCAUCCAUCCCUUGUCCAUACCUGCUUUAUUCCUAAUUAAGGUCACGGGGGUCUGCUGGAGCCUAUCCCAGCACACAUUGGGCGAAAGGCAGGGGUACACCCUGGACAGGUCACCAGCCCAUCACAGGGCCACACAUAUAGACAGAGAACCACACACACUCACACUCACUCCUAUGGGCAAUUUAGAAUUACCAAUCAACCUGAUGUACAUGGGUAUACAUCAUAAUACAAUGACAUAUUAUUGCUAAUGUGACACUAAGUAAAAUAUUUUUAAAUGGAGGAAAUUUGUGUUUUGUUUUUUUGGCUUCCUUUUUAUAUUAGAGAGAGUUUACUAACACCAGCUUCCUUCCUGGGGGGACAGCAGUACAGUGCAAGCAAAUCUAAGCCUUACUCCAUUUGCAUACAGAUUGCCCAGCUGAUCCCUGUCAUCCUGACACUGCAGUUUGUGAAACAAGCACACCUUUUCCCUGCUAAUUAUGGCAAUGAUAAAGCA